AUGCGAGUGUUCAAGUCUGAUUGGGUCGUUCAGAAAGUUGGACCCGACGGAGUCAACUUUUCCGAUUUCAGUGCCGUCAUCCCGAUGUUUGUCACAGAAGUAGAAUGUGUAAUGAAGUCCUCUGGAGGCUUUGGAGCAAAGCAAAUGGCAGGGAGCACCUUCGUCGCCAUGUACUUUGUCGCUGUUCGGGGUCAACAGCAACAGCAUGAACCUCUAAUUUCGAAGUUUCAAUCUUGUCUUGAAACAUAUGCUUCUCAAGAUGUACAGAAGCUGGUGGUCAAUAAGCCAGCUGAUGUCGAUUUCGAUCUAGGCGCAUAUUUUGGAGGCGAAGACAAAUUUCAAUACUCCUUCGUUUUUACAAUCACUCUGGAUGGUGAAAACUCAAUCGAUAGGGUUCGAGAAGCCCAGAAGCAUUUCGAAGAAGAAUGCUUCUCCCAGCUAAACCUUCCAGCCACUUGGAUUGCAUGUGGAGAGCGUGCCGUUGUGCUGGAUCAGGUCAGCAAUAUUAAAGUAAGCAUCUAG